AUGGCCGACGGCUUGAAGAUGGGAAAUCUGUCCCUUAACGAAUCCCAGCAUGCGCCUGCUGCUCCCCCUUCGAACGGCCGCGCUGCUUACAUCCCUCCCCAUCUCCGCCAGCGCACCAUGGGCGCCAAUGUCGACGGUGCCGCUGCUCCUCCUCCCCCCGGUCCUGCUGCUGGUGCUGGUGUUUGGAACGGCCCAAAAAACGCUCCUCGCGGUGGCAACUGGGCUAAUGCCAAUGCCUCUGAUUUCAGCCCUCGUGGUCCCAAUGUCCCCAAUGGUAACAACAGCUGGACUCCCACGGAAGCUCAACGUCGGCCCUUUGACCCACAUGCUUACGGACACCCAGGACACGGAGGCUCCUACGGCGGCUCCCAAGGCGGUUCUGUCAAAGGCUCUGGAGAUGGCCAGUGGCGCGACGGCAAGCACAUCCCCGGUCCCGCAAACGCCCGCCUGGAGCGUGAGCUUUUUGGUGUUCCCAACGAUCCCACCAAGCAGAGCACUGGUAUCAACUUCGCCAACUACGACGAUAUCCCCGUCGAAGCAUCCGGUCAGGACGUUCCCGAGCCCCUCGCUCACUAUCAAACCCCUACUCCCGUCCAGAAGUACUCCAUUCCUAUCGUUAUGAACGGUCGCGAUCUCAUGGCGUGUGCUCAGACUGGUUCCGGAAAGACUGGUGGUUUCCUGUUCCCCAUUCUCUCUCAGGCCUUCCAGACAGGUCCUUCCGCUGCGCCUGCUCAGGCCUCGGGCCAGUUCGGCUACGGUCGUCAACGCAAGGCGUACCCUACUUCCCUGAUCCUCGCCCCCACUCGUGAGCUUGUUUCUCAGAUCUAUGACGAAGCCCGCAAGUUCGCUUACCGCUCUUGGGUUCGCCCCUGUGUUGUCUACGGUGCUCCGUCAGAUCGAGCGUGGCUGCGAUCUCCUGGUCGCUACCCCGGUCGUCUGGUUGACCUGAUCGAGCGUGGCCGCAUCUCUCUGGCUAACAUCAAGUACCUGGUUCUCGACGAGGCUGAUCGUAUGUUGGACAUGGGUUUCGAGCCUCAGAUUCGCCGCAUCGUAGAGGGUGAAGACAUGCCUAACGUCAAUGAACGCCAAACUCUGAUGUUCUCGGCCACUUUCCCUCGCGAUAUUCAGAUGCUUGCCCGGGACUUCCUGAAGGAUUACGUUUUCCUCUCCGUCGGUCGUGUCGGCUCUACCUCCGAGAACAUCACUCAGAAGGUCGAGUAUGUCGAGGACAACGACAAGCGUUCCGUCCUUCUUGAUAUCCUUCACACUCAUGGCACAAGCGGUCUCACUCUUAUCUUCGUGGAGACCAAGCGUAUGGCGGAUGCUCUCUCCGACUUCCUGCUGAACCAGCGCUUCCCUGCAACUGCUAUUCACGGUGAUCGCACCCAGCGUGAGCGUGAACGUGCUCUGGAGAUGUUCCGCUCUGGACGUUGCCCGAUUCUGGUUGCUACUGCUGUCGCUGCUCGUGGUCUUGAUAUUCCAAACGUCACCCACGUCAUUAACUAUGAUCUGCCCACCGAUAUCGAUGACUACGUUCACCGCAUUGGUCGUACCGGUCGUGCGGGUAACACUGGUAUCGCCACUGCCUUCUUCAACCGUGGCAACCGUGGUGUUGUCCGUGAGCUGAUUGACCUUCUCAAGGAGGCUCAUCAAGAAGUUCCUUCUUUCCUGGAGAGCAUUGCUCGCGAAGGCAGCGGAUAUGGUGGACGCGGAGGCCGUGGAGGCCGUGGUCGUGGUGGCACUGCCACUCGUGAUGCGCGUCGUAUGGGUGGUAACGUUGGCGGUGGUGCUCCCUCCUUUGGCGGCAGCUACGGUGCUCCCAGUGGCAGCAGCUAUGGCGGCGGUGCUGGCGGCUACGGUGCUGCCCCAGCCUACGGUGGUGGCUACGGCGGUGGUUACGGCGGCGGCAGCUAUGGAAACCCCUCGGGCCCCACUGGACCCUCUUCCUGGUGGUAA